AUGUCAGAAGUCCAGAACCCGCCGCUAUGGUUCUACACUGACGAACCCUUGAGCUUCGACUCGGAGAAGCUCGGCCGGGUCAAGCCAACCCUAGCCCCCGCUGACGACACGGGCUACGGCCUGAGUGUAGCUGAGCUAAAGAAGUACUUUGGCAUCGACGCCGUACGAUUCGGCAAACUCCCCAAGCGCAUGAUCAUACCCGUCCUUCAUAGCUGGAACAUUGAAUACCAGUGGUACCGGACCGAGGGCUACCUCUACCUGGUCGAACCUGUGGAAUGA